AUGUUGACCGAAUAUUCUCUGCUUCUCGCAGCUGUAGGCAGCGCCCUUGUGGCCGCGGCUCCUAGCGCUCGCUCUAUACAGGGCCCUUGUGCCCAGAUUUCCCAGCAGUACAUGCAGGGUGUUAAAGCUGGCAAAGUACCCACGUUUCCCGGUGCAUUAGCCUAUGAAUGCUUGCAGUCUAUGCCAUUUGACCCCAAGAGAGGAGCUGCCUUUGUCGAGGACGUGAAGAAAUACAUGCAGUGGCAGUCUAACGCCGAUGUGUUGAACAACCCUCCGACUUCGUAUCUGUCUCCUCCGGUUGAUAUAUGGGGUGGAUUGGACUAUUUGCAGCAGCAGGCUGCCGACAACAAAUUUGGCAACCAAUUUGAGUUCGACACUGCUCUCUCCGACCUCUUUAUUUCUGCCAAGGAUGGGCAUCUGUCCCUUCUACCUUGCUCGUAUAUGCCGUUUGCGUUUGUUGGCCACGAGUCCUUAGUCUCUGUUUCCUCUGACGGUCUCCAGCUGCCUCAAAUCUACACUUUUGGCGACGCCAAACUCCUCAAGAGUAACCCCAAUGCUGUCUCACCCAUUGUGACAAUUAACGGCAAAGAAGUUGUCUCUCACCUGGAGGGAGUUUCAGAGUCCCAGUCAUUCCAAGAUCCUGAUGCCAGGUACAACAAUGUGUUCCUCUCGCGCUCCCGCUAUACGAACAGUGACCUGAUGCUGGGCGCAUUUUCCUUCGGUCCGAAUGGAAUGUGGCCCGGAGCCACAGUGUACAACCUAGCAUACGCCAACGGAACCACGUCGAAGUCCGAAGUGAAGGCCAUUGUUAGGGAAGAGGAGUUCCAGUUUGCGGACGGUAAGGCGCUUUACGAGAGUUACUGCCUGCCUGCGUCUGAUACCACCACCACGUCGUCUCCUUCGACAGCGACCCCAACGCCCAGUAAAUCCGCCCCAGCUUCUUCAACUCCUGCCUCCCAGACCCCAUCGAGCACUGAAAAACCUGGUCCAACUGGCUAUCCCAAGGCCGCCAUUCGCGACGACAACAACCUGAUCUCCGGCUAUCUACCGAGCGAGCCCGGGCUGGAGGAUACUGCUGUGCUGUCCGUUCCUACCUUUAGUGUUAGCGAUAUAGAGGGCGGUAACAAGAUUGUUUCCGACAUCGCUAUUGAGUUUAUCCAGAAGGCUGUCGACGCGGGCAAGAAGAAGAUGAUCAUCGACCUGAGCGCCAACCCCGGAGGCGAUGUCAACUAUGCUUUUGAUCUCUUUAGACUUUUCUUCCCCAACAAGACCCCGUACUGGUCGACGCGCUUCCGCGCACACGAAGCCUUGAGGCUUAUCGAAAAGGUCGGCUACUCGGUCCCGGAAGGUUCUCACAAUGUCACAUUUGCAUCGCUCGCCAGAGUUGGCUUCUACGGGUUGAAGACCCCAAAUCAGGACUACACCUUUAAGUCACUUGAAGAGCUCUACGGACCUCACACUGUUCUCGGUGCUAACAUGAGCACUGCCAACUCGCUGAACAUGGACAUGAUCUCGAGCGAGGAGAAACCAAUCCACGGCUUCGGCGACAUUAAGUCCAAAUGGACGACGCCCCCCUUCGCCCCGGAAGACAUCUUGAUCAUCACAGACGGAGCCUGCAGCUCCUCCUGCCCGAUCUUCACUGAGAUGAUGAAAUACGAAGGGGUGAAGACCAUCUCGUUCGGCGGUCGUCCGCAGUACGGACCUAUGCAGUCGAUGGGCGGCACACGAGGUGCCCAAGUCAUGCCUGCAGAGACUCUCAUGACUAUUACGACUGCCGUGCUUGAUAUGGCUGCCGAGGAGGAAUGGCUCUCGAAGAGCGAGCUUCAGCAGCUGAAAGCGCUCUCCCCGGCUGAGGAAACCCCGCUUCAGUAUGGCUCAUUGCAGGUUAACUUCCGCGACGCGUAUAGCAAGCUUGAUAAGGAUAGCGUCAUGCCUCUUCAGUUUGUCUAUGAGCCGGCUCACUGCCGUCUGUUCUACACCCUGGAGAAUGUCCUGCAGCCGGCGACUACCUGGAGUGCCGCAGUCAAGGCUAUGUGGGGUAGUGGGGUUUGUGUUGCGGGUUCACGAAUGUGA